UUCCUCGAGAUUGGAUAGAGGGAAAAUAAAGAUAUCUUAUCUUAGCACAGGAAAAAGACCAAUCUCUUACUUUGCUUUCUCUCUGCUUACCUCCAUUCAAACACAUUGUAAAGAUGAAUGUGGAGAGGCUCACGAAAAUGGCUGGUGCGGUCCGCACCGGUGGGAAGGGUAGCAUGAGGAGAAAGAAGAAGGCAAUCCACAAGACAACAACGACCGACGACAAAAGGUUGCAGAGCACCCUCAAGAGAAUAGGAGUGAACGCUAUUCCUGCAAUUGAGGAAGUUAACAUAUUCAAGGAUGAUGUUGUUAUCCAAUUUCUGAAUCCAAAAGUUCAGGCUUCUGUUGCUGCCAACACCUGGGUUGUUAGUGGCUCCCCUCAGACAAAGAAAUUGCAGGAUAUUCUUCCCGGAAUCAUAAACCAAUUAGGGCCGGAUAACUUGGACAACUUGAGGAAACUGGCAGAGCAAUUCCAGAAGCAAGGACCAGCUGCUACUGAUACUGGUGCAGCCAUUGCUGAAGAAGAGGAUGACGAGGAGGUACCGGAUCUCAUACCUGGUGAGACCUUUGAAGCUGCAGCAGCAGGAGGCCAAGGUGCUAAAUAGUGUUUUUAGGGUUCAUUUAAUUAUUAUGUGUUUUUGAUGAAUUACAAUUGUUUCUUUUUCACAUUUACCUUUUUUGUUGUUUUUGGUGUUCUGUGUCUUGCACUCUAAUAAUAGUUUGGCUCAGAGUAAGCCUUUCUUCUUCUUUUUCCUGGAAUUCCUA